CUUUAGGUUUAAUUUUCUUCAUUUUCAUACUGUAAUUUCUUAAACAUAAGAAUCCAUCCUAUAUAAGAUGAACAAAUUAUCCCUGCAUUUCCAUGGGCUACCUUUCUCUCUCACAUUACAACUCAUGGCCUCUCCAAUCCCCCCAUUCCUCUUUUCUCUCUUCAUCUUUAUGCAUCUUGGCUUCUCGGUCGAAGGCAUUACCCGGCACUACACGUUCAAUGUGCAGCUCCAUAAUGUGACCAGAUUGUGCAAGACUAAGACCAUUCUGACCGUGAACGGGAAGUUUCCUGGGGCUCCGGUUGUUGCAAGGGAGGGCGACCGCGUUGUGAUCAACGUGACCAACCACGUAUCCAACAAUGUCAGCUUCCACUGGCACGGGAUUAGGCAGCUGUUGAGUGGGUGGGCAGAUGGGCCGGCAUACGUGACCCAAUGCCCAAUCCAGACGGGGCAGAGCUACGCCUACAAUUUCAGCAUCACAGGGCAGAGAGGAACCUUGUGGUGGCAUGCUCACAUCUCAUGGCUCAGAGCCACUCUCCAUGGUCCUCUCAUAAUCUUACCAUUCAAGAACACUUCCUAUCCUUUCCCCAAACCCCACAAAGAAGUUCCAAUAAUCUUCGGAGAGUGGUUCAAUGCUGAUACAGAGGCAGUCAUAAGCCAGGCUCUAAAGACAGGCGGCGGCCCCAACGUCUCCGAUGCAUACACCAUCAACGGACUCCCCGGCCCCUUGUACAACUGCUCUGCCAACGAAACAUUCAAACUGAGGGUGAGGCCAGGGAAGACAUACCUUCUCCGAAUGAUCAACGCUGAUCUCAACGACGAACUCUUCUUCAAAAUCUCCAACCACACGUUCACCGUGGUCGAAGCAGACGCAGUCUACGUGAAGCCAUUCGAGACCGACAUAAUAGUGAUCGCGCCAGGGCAGACCACCAACGUCCUGCUCAAGACCAAGACUAACCCUUCCGCAACCACCUUCUACAUGGCCGCCAGCCCUUACUUCACCGGCCAAGGCACCUUCGACAACACCACCGUCGCCGGAAUCCUCCAAUACAAACUCCCUCACAAUCACAAAACCCCCCUCCAAAUCCCGCCCCUCCCCCCUUUCAACGCCACCUCCGUCGUGGCCAACUUCAGCAGCAAGUUCCGCAGCCUCGCGAGCCCCCAGUUUCCGGCCAACGUGCCACAAAGCGUGGACAGAAAGUUCUUCUUCACGGUGGGGCUGGGGAGCAACCCCUGCCCCAAGAACCAGACAUGUCAGGGGCCGAACGGGUCCAUGUUCGCGGCCUCCAUGAACAACGUCUCCUUCACGAACCCCAAUACGGUGGCGCUCCUGCAGACUUACUUCUCCGGCAGAAACAACGGCGUCUACACCACGGAUUUCCCGGCCUCGCCCUUGGAGCCGUUCAACUACACGGGCAUGCCGCCGAACAACACGAGAGUGAGCAACGGGACGAAGACGGUGGUGCUGCCGUUCAACGCGACGGUGGAGGUGGUGCUGCAGGACACGAGCAUUCUCGGGGCGGAGAGCCAUCCGCUCCAUCUCCAUGGAUACAACUUCUUUGUCGUCGGGCAGGGAUUCGGCAACUUCGACCCGCAAAAGGACCCGGCAAAGUUCAACCUUGUGGACCCCGUGGAGAGGAACACCGUGGGCGUGCCGUCGGGAGGCUGGGCUGCCAUCCGCUUCAGGGCUGAUAAUCCAGGUGUUUGGUUCAUGCACUGCCAUUUUGAGGUGCAUUUGAGCUGGGGUUUGAAGAUGGCGUGGAUUGUGUUGGACGGAGAAUUACCAGGACAGAGACUGCCUCCGCCGCCGGCUGAUCUUCCUGCCUGUUGAUGCUCGUUUUCUUCUUUUUGCGUUCUAACUUCUAUAUUUAUUUACGCACAAGUUUGGUUUAUAUCUUUCUGUUUUCUUUUUGGGUUGUGUUGUGUUGUUUGGAUUUGUAUGAGAUGAUGAACGAGAGCUCGGAUUUGUGUUGGAUUUUUGUUCCAAAGAAUCACGUUUUAAUACAUUUGUCAAGGUACAACUUGUGUUGUUGUGGUAGAAAAUAUUAACAUCGGUAGUAGUGUACUACUCCCUCCGUCCCACAUAAUUUGGGUCACUUUGACCGGGCACGGGUUCUAAGAAAUAUAAUGAAAACUAAGUUGAAAAAGUUA